AAAUGCUGGUGGUCAUUGCCUUUGUGGCUGGCGCCGUGGUACAGAGGGCAAACGCGGUGACCAUCGUACCGGGGUUUGGAUGGCCGAAAGCCGACCAAUACUGUGUGGACUCGGCAUUUCAAUACACUGAGCCGUCCGAAGAGGAAUGCGGCCAGAGGUCGCUCAGAGAGGGCAGAGAGGGGCUGACAAUUAAUGAUGCAGCGAUGCUUGCUUUGCAAUGUUGCUUAUGUCUGCAGGUGCAAGUUGGAUGUGACGUGUCGGUGUUUUGACUUCAAGGCCGGCGGGCUGCCUGACCAAAACAUCAAGUCGUGUCGGCUGUCAGACACGGCACAACUCGCAGCCAGUGCUGCGGGGUACACCGCAUACAUCAAGCCGGAAAGCACCGGUAAGGACCGAAGAUUGAUGUAUCGCACAUGUGUGUUUGGCUUUCAGUUGAGGUGGUUGAGUUGAAUGGAUUUGAUUUCCCCUUCCUGGACUUUGCAUGCGUCGACCCCUUCGCUCAGCUGGGAGCCAACAAUGCGUCGUUUCAGAUCGUCGACUGUGCCGCCGCGUAAGUGACCAAACGCCACUCUCCUUGCUUGUACAGUCACUCACACGGGGUGUCUUGUGGGCUGUCAGCUGUCUGCAAUCGGCCCAGUGCGCCUGCUUCUCGUUCUCCACGGAAGGAGGUGCAGCUGCGCCCUGUCUGCUGGGGGACAAGCGGAAGAUUGAAUCGAGCAGCGAAGCAUACAAUGCCUACUACAAAUCAGGUCGGUGAACAGGGAAGAAGAGUUUCCUGGGCUUGCUUGUUAUCCGUAUGCAUGUCUGAAUGUCAGGUACUUAUACCCCGGCUGAGUGCGUCGCUGGCGAGUGGGGCGAGUGGAGCGAAUGCACCGCCACGUGCGGCGAAUCCAACCAAAUCAGGACUCUGCCGGUCAAAACGAACAUGCACACGAGAAAUGCAUGCACACAUUAACCAAUCCAUGUGCAGGCAGGUUGUGAUGUGCCUGGAGACGAUCCCAACUACCUGCAGACCAAGCCCUGCCGAGUGCCAGAGUGCUUCGUCACACGUAAGAAGAUCAUCGAAUUGCACGGGUCAUCCUCGGGCUAUUCGUCCCUGUAAGGCCUUCUGUCAGCUGACUGGCCGCCAACGGAGCUCCAGGGCUUCACUGGCCGCCUGCUGUGGCUGGAGGGCACCGUGGACGACACGACCUAUCCGCAGUGGGACCUUGGCCUCCUGUUGCUUACACAAGACCCAAACCAAUGUGCACGGACGUGAGUGGUCAACGGCAUGGAUGCACGAAUCAAGCAGACAACGGCGAUCGCAAUCUCCCUUUCUCAUUCGUGUCACCUGCUUUAGGUGUCUGUCUCAGCCGCUGUGUCGUGUGUUUGAUUGGAUCGAGGCCGAGAACGCCCGAGACACGGCACCAUGCAGGCUGUCCUUCUCUCGCACUGUGCGCAGCAGUUCACUCAAUCGAUACCUAUACAUUCGCGACGACACACCAAGUGGUGACACACUUACACAUAUGCCAACCACGUUUCCAAAUACGGCUCUUGUCCGUCUUUCUCAGGUGGCCCAGAGGUCGAUUUCCGCGAGCAGUUCUGUCUGCGAAAGGGUGGCCAGUUCUAUGGCGUGCUCGGGAACGACGGAGUGCUCAACAGCGCGUGCUGCCGCGGCAACUGCAACCCUCGAUGUGGCGAUCCCGAAUGUGGUGAGCAGCAGACGGCCGGCCUGACAGCGACGCACUGCUGCAGCAGCAGGAUCCGCACAUCGGGGAGAAAUUGCUAUGACGAGGACCCUCCCUGUCAAGUGGGAGAAUGUAUGUAAAGCAGCAUGUCUUAUGAGAAACACUUAUGCAGCUUUGUGCCCGCCACAUACAGAUUGGAACACGAAAGGCCUCGAGACCGCUGCACUAGGUAAGUGGUACGCUGAAAGGCUUGGUUGAGCGACGCACCGUCUCUGCCGUGCAUCGGGGGUCAGAUUGGUAUUCGAAACGUGAUUUCUGCACCGUCAUCAAGCGGGGCAUCCCCGAUGUCUUGCGGCGGCACUGCUGUGAGGACGUCUCGGCGCCAUUGCGGCGGCACUGCUGUGAGGACGUCUCGGCGCCAAUAAUCAAUUGCAGCCCCAUCGCUGAGGGCAGAAGCUGCCUCACUAACGAUCCCCCUUGCCAACUGCCAGAAGGUCAGUGGAAUUCAUGUAUCGAACAAUCGCAUCGUUAAUGUGGAUGCGUAUGUCCAUGCAGCUUACUCUGACGGCCUCACAGCAGUGGCCGGCUUCUCUCGGCCGCGUCGCGGCCAGUACUGUGCCACACACGUCCUUAUGGUGGACGCACCGUCCAUCGAAGAAUGUGCCGCCAAGUGAGGGAGACAAGGAGACAAGAAUCUGUGAAUGACCUCCUUUAUCUGUGUAUGUGUUGAUCAGGUGUGAGGAGCAGCUUGCGUGUCGCUGUUUCGACUAUCUCGAAGGCGGGCUGCCCACCCGUGGGAUACUCUCGUGCCGGCUCAGUCCCUCAACCGCCACAUACGACAGCGGCGCUGGAUUCGUCGCAUACGUCAGGGAAGGUAAAGGCAUUUUUCCAAUCAUUCAUGUGUCUCUAUCACAUUCUUGUGCAUGGAUGCAGGCGGCCUCGGUCAGGAUCUGUGUGACCGUGUGCGUCUCGGCCAGUGGCACCCGAGCGGUGACGCAUGUUGCGCCUCAUCAUGUGGCGACCUCUGUGGCGCAUCGAAUUGCGCAGAUGGAGGAUCAGACUCCUGCUGUCGGGGCACCAUCAGAGUGUCACGCAACUUCUGCCAACAGGCCGACAAGGCACCAUGCGCACUUACUGCCUCAUGUGAGAUACUGGGUGUACACGAAAUCCCACUCAUACACUCGUCUCCGGUGGUUCUACAGAUUGGGUCAGCCGCGACACAGACGCCCGCGGAGUCCUUCGUGGCGGUCUCACAGCAGAGGCGUGGUGCGUUGGGCUGCUCGGUGGGAUAUACGAACCAGAGUACGGGGUGUGCUGCGACUCUAAAUGCGGCUCGUGCGGCGGCUCUGGUUGCGGGAACAGGCCUGGCGGGUCUGCGGCCUGCUGUGUGGGGGCGAUUAGGAGCGCCGGCGUGUCUUGCUAUGAAGACACGGUAUCGCCGCCAUGUAACGUGCCACAUGGUGAGGCAGAUACACCCACACUUGUCAUGCAUCCUGAUGCAUUCGUCUCGCCUUCAGUUCCCGAGCCGCAGGUGGGUUCAUGGCGCUUUCUCAUGGUUGACGCGGCUGGCAUCGCUAAAGAGGACAUCAGCAUCCCCUCCACCCAAGUGGGCACCUACCAGACUCCCCUCCUCGCCCCCCACACCCCCGACUUCACCUUCCAAGUGCUGCCCCUUGACAAUACCACCCUGAAAGUUACUUCGGUCCGCUUCACCCUCGCCAAAACAAGCAGCCCCGGGACACUGCUGCCUAUCGGGGCCAACCCGGGCGAUGAGAGGAUCUUGGUCGACAGCGCCCCGCCAUUUUAUGCAUUCGGCGACUAUUCUGAUGGCGAAGUGGUUCGUCUCCGUGGUGGCGGGUUUGUGGCGGCCAAAGAGGAGUAUGUGAUCAAAGCAACGCCACUGACUGAGACGGACGCUGGACCUGUGGCGGGGCCAUCAAUGGAACUCAGAUGUAAGCCACUGACUUGACAUACCUGCAUGUAUGUACGGAACAACAAUCCCCUUUGUUGGUCCAUUAUUAGUUGUUCAGCUGAAUCGAGGUGCCAAGGCCAGCCACACGCAAAGGGCCAUCAGACGGGACCACUGAUACGCGCCUGCCUUGUGUGUUUGUACAGCGGUCAAUUGUGUCGUAACCGAAUGGCUAGAGUGGUCUGAUUGCGAUGCGUCAUGCGGCGAGGCCACCAAGACACGCACACGUGAAGUCAUGGUACCAGCCGAGAACGGCGGCAUUCCAUGCCCGUCAACAUCGGAUAUGGAGCAGGCUGUGAGCUGCGGGCUACCGCCAUGCCGUAAGAAUGAUACCAAAACACAUGUCGACGACGCCAUUCCGUGUCUUCUGUCCUCAGCGUCUGGAAAUGAAAGCGAACGAACUGUCACGCCACCCCCUUUACCAACAGGCAGGCACGCUUGCAUAGGACGCAGUAACACGUAGCUGGCUGAUGGACUCUCAUUCUUUCAUGUUGGUCAGGUACGACUGUAUCGCCAUUCGGUGGGGGCGGGGAUGAGGUCACUCUAGACCCGAUUGCUGUGACCACUACACCCGCACGCACAAGCACAGCCACAAGCACACCAAGUAUGACCACUGAUGUGCCUGGGUAUGAUGUCUCUCCUUCUCCUACCCCCACCCCCUCCCCCAUCCCCUCUGUGCCUGCAUCCCCGUCAACUUCCCUGCCAACCACGACACCGCCUGGAACCCCUAUGCAAACAAGCCCAGGUGACAAGAUGCCGUGUGUGUUGUCUGAGGCGCAUGAGACACACUUUUCUCGUGCCUGUGUCGAGUGCAGCGCCAGCCAAUAUGACCCCGCCUGACGCAACCAUCCUGGGCCAGUACGCCACUUUGUGUGCCACCAAUUUUUCCGGACUCUACUCGCCCACAUGGAACCUCUGCUGCGACCCAUCUUGCGUCGACUGCUCGAAUAAUCUCUGCCCCGACGGCUAUCCCACACCCACACAGGACGACUCCACCGUCUAUGGCUGCUGCCCCGCGAGCAUUAUCCUGCACGCGGGCAACUGCUCGGAUACUGGGAGUGCGCCCUGCAUCAUGGAUGUGGCGCUUUCGCUCACGACGUCAACCAGGGCGCGUGGUGGCGGGCAGAUUGACACGUGGGUGUGGGCGGUGGGCGGCACGCUUGUCGUGGUCAUGGUAAUCGCUGGCGGCCUUCUGUGGAGGGCCCGAGCAGAGAAAAGGGCCAUUGUGGACCACUUGAGGCGCAGCACGUAUAACAAAGUGGCCAAGGCCGACACCGAAGGGUACAAACAAACAAUUGACGGAUUCCACCAACAUAUGAUGUCUUUCUCUUCUGUACCUUCUGUCUGGGCAGCGAGGAGAACAUGGUAAUAUCGUCGAGAGUUGUGCGUCGCAGCGAUGGUGGGGAGGAAGGCGCGACGCCCACAGGUCCGCGACGGCGAUCGAGUCGUGCACCGGGCCUCAAACCUGGUGUGGGAGCGGGAGUGCUGCCCUUUUUGUACGCUGAUCCAAUGCACACCUCAGCUACACCCUCAGAACCUGCCAGGGGUGACUUAACGCACAGACAAAGCCGCCGUAUUCGUUGUGUCUCGUCUUUGCCUUGCAGACUUUUCAUUCGAGUCGAGGAUUCGGACAUCACGAGAAGCGCGGUCGGCUGGCUAUGACGACUUUCUGGCCCGCCUGCCGAGAGUGAGGCGCAACACGGCGGACAGAAGGGCACGCAGGUCACUCAGCGACUCACACAUAGGUGAGUACCCACUGGCACCGAUAGCCGUUGCAGCUCCUGCUCUGCACUUGGUUGUUUGUGGAUAGACCUGGAGCUUGGACCGCAGUCGACGGAGAGACACCGAUCGAGGGAAGGGGGGCAAAGCGAGGCGGCUACCCAACAAAGUUCCGACACAGGUGGGUGCCCUCCCCCCCUACCCCGCGACGACACAUACACAUCCUGCUACGUACGCACACGUUCAAUGCAGGCCAACACUAUGGGACUCGGGGAGACAGGAGGGUGUCAAGAUGUUCAUUCAGCGCCAAUCCGUUUUGAGAUGUGCAUGGGAGUGUAUGGGUACGGCUGUGUCCUGCACUUGCAUCAAGAUUUGUUGAUGCUUGCUCACUCUCGCCUCGGUUAGUCCGUCGCACGGACGUUCAUUCUGUAUGCACACGCAUGGCUAUCUGCAUCUGCCUGUCGCUUUCCCUGGUCUACACUAGCUAUGUACGUACAUGCUCUUUGGCUGAAUCGGAUGUUGGCUACGCAUAAUAUAAUAAUACAGACAGGCAGACAGGCAGACAGGCAGACAGGCAGACAGACAGACAGUUCCGGCCUGAAAGGUAUGUGUCUUUGGGUACUUCGGGGCUAAAGAGCUGUCUUUGGGCUGAGUUGAGCCGGGAGGGUACAAGGCGGGGCCCGAAGGGCCGCGCCGCGUGUGGUGACGUCUGGUGAAUGCGGAGGCACCGACCACAUGUAUGAGACCCCGUCCAUGCGUGUCCUCGAUCUCCUGGAAAGCAGACAGAUCGAAGUGCCUCGCCAGUCGCGCAGC